AUGAUUUCGCUGGAAACAGUAGGUACUCCAUUUGAUGCUUCACCGCCGGAGAAUCGGUCUCGGGCUAACGGACAGGGGUCCCUUGGGGCUCCUCAAGUCGGCACGAAUGCUGCUGCAUCCGCUGUCAACGCUAAUUUAACCACCAAAACUUCAAAUUUGCCUCCCCAUGAAAACUUUUCUUUCGAAAAAAAUUCUGAAAAAAAUGUCGUUAAUGAAAAUGGCGAGACAAUGUCGUCUCACGUCUAUGAGGAGCCUGAUAUGGCUACGGUUUUACGUAACUUUCAAGCUCCUGUUGGAAAAUUUGCCUUAGCUAAAGAACAAUUACCUUAUGAACGUAAUGAUGCUCCGGAUGAUUUAAUUAAAAUUGUUUCAGAACACAAUUCGUUGGUAAGGGCCGAUGAUAGGCUUAUUAUUCCUAUGCAUGAAUUAAUGAAAAAAUUUGACGGACCUACCAUCGUUCGUAGCAUGUUUGAAAAAUUCACCAUUGAAAAACAAGCUUUAAAAGAAACCUUCAGUAUGGUCGAAGAAAACUUAGAAUUACUUGAAAAUUAUGCUUGGGGAAACACGAAGAAAAUUAGAGAAGAUUUAGCCAAGUUUUAUGAUGAUAAUAAAGAAGCUCUCUGCAUUUAUCGUUGCGUGGGUUAUGCUAUGCCCUUUUUCUCAGGUAGUCAUAUUAUCAUGUCACCCUUCGAUCAAGACAUCACGGAAUCACCAAGAUUCCAAGAAGUCAGGUCUAGUUUUAUCAAAUUCGUUGAAAGCCUUGAAUUUAGAAUUAAUGACACGACCUUCAAUGUCAAGUUUGAAAAAAAAAACGUUCCUUAUUCCUUGUUUUCUUUCAAAGUGGAUAUUUAUAAGGCCCCAGCUAUUAAAAGGAUUUUCCAAGGAUAUUUAACAGCUGUUGAUGAAAUUAUUGCCCAUCAUAUCCCUUCCGGUCGAGCAGUUCAUAAAAUGGAAAUGUCAAAUGACAAUUUCGUGUUAGCGUAUUUUGUCGUAAAGCUUGGUUCCGACGUGGCCCCACCACCCACCAAGGCCGGAUUGACAAGCAAAAAAAAAAAGAUGGUAAAUCCGGAACCUGGACCAAGUAUGGUCACCAUUCCACCAGGCAAUAUUUAUGGCACAUAUUCAUCGCCUCAUAUACUGCUCAAGGGUAAUGUCCCACAACACCAACAAAUUCAACAACCUUCCAAUUCAUUAGUCAGUAGACUUCAUCCGCAUAUUCUCAAUGAAAUAUGCCAAUAUGUUGAUCAAUUUGAUUUGGUCAAUUUACUGAGAACAUGUACUGCAUUAUAUCCUUUAGCUAUAAAGCGACUUUAUAAACGAGUAACGGUGGUAAUAGAUUCAGAACUCCCAAUAAAGUAUGGAGGAGAUCAUAGAAAGUUUAUAUCAGAUAAUGGUAUCAAGUAUAUGGAUAGUUCUUUAGUCAUUUCACUUGCAAAUUUAUAUAAAUUCAUUAAUUCGGUAUAUUCAAAUCAAUCAUUAUGUCAAUUCAUUAAGUUCUUUGUAUUCGAUAAAUGUUAUCAACAAGAAGAAGAUGAUUCUAUCAAAACCAUUCAAAAAGAUUUAUUAAAUUAUUUUGCUAAUUAUUCUCAAGAUUUGAAUUUCUUUCAUAUAUCAUUCAUGGAAUAUUUUACUGGUAUUCAACAAUUGACGGAGUUUUUAGCCCAUGAUAAUUUUUUAGCCCAUGAUAAUGUUAGACAUAAAAUGUUUAAAUUAGUAGUUACGAAAUUACAUGAAUUAUAUCAACCUAGUAUCCCUCCAUGUUUAACUAAUUUAUUUUUGAUGCUUAAUGAAUUGGAUUUACAAGAAUUCGAUUUGUCAGUAUAUCCUUGGAAUGUAUUCAAUUCAUUAUUCACAUUAACUUGUUCAACUUCUAAACAAUUAGGAUUAGAAAUCAUAAAUUCAAUUAAAUUACGUUCACCUAAUAUGAAAUUGAAAUUAAAAGGAUUAACAUUAUUCCAUCGUCAUAAAGAAGCUGUAUCUCUGAGAAAUGAAAUGCUGAUGUUUGAAGAUGAAGAUGAAGAAAUUGAAAUAAAUGAAGAAUUAGAUGCUAAAUUACAUUCAAUAAAUAAGAAAUUACGAUUUAGUAUUAUUGAAACCAAGAUUGAUUUAUUAUAUUUGACUCAUUUAUAUCUUAAAGUUGAUUGUAAUGAACAUCGUGAUAAUCAAUGUAAUUGUUAUGAAAAAUUCUUUCAUGAUUUUGCCCAAUAUUCAAUCGAAAAUGAUGGUUUACCCAAACUUGUCAAUUUUGAAGUUGAAUCAUUUCCAAAUCUUGAUUGGUUAAGACCUCACCAACAACUAGAGAAUAUUUUAUCCCCCUUGGGUGGAUUUGUUAAAACCUUAUGUAACCUAUCCAGACUAACUAUUGAUUUUUCAACUCCAGGAUUUAAAAUGUUUGAUAGUAAUUUGGGAUUAUCAACUAUAUUACUCAACAAAUUAAAUGAACAUCUCAUGGAAGCAUUCUUUUUAUGUUUUUUCACAAAAUCAACAAUUAGAGGUAAAUCCCCCCUUCUUACCAAUUUACGGACAUUACAAUUACCUGAUUUCUUCACGUCCUUCAUUUAUUAUAAACCAGAUUUUAUGGAAUCUUUACUACAUACAUGUAAAUGUUGGGGUUGUGAAUUAGUCUUAAUCAAACUUCAAGAAAUGUUCUAUACUGAAUCUAGUACCGAAUUAGACUUGGAAAGUACUUAUUAUAUGUUAAUAGGAUAUAUUCUUGGUAAACUUCAAGCUGAUAGAGAAGUAUGCAUACCUAUAAUGGAAAGAACUUUCCAUUAUAGUAAAUAUCCAAUCCAUAGAGGACAACCACAUACCCUCCACCUGGGAUUCCAUAUGGGUGGUAUUGAUUGUGAUUGUAAUGUUCAAAAGGAUCCAAAGGGAAUUGAUAAAUUAAAUAUAGAUAAUUUGGUAACUACUUAUAUCAUUCAUCAAUUACAGCCAAUAAUUGAAUAUUUGAAGGUUAUGUUUAUGAAUUUGGAUAAUUUGAUGAUACAUGGAAUUUAUUAUGAACGAACUAAGAAUGGAGAUUUGAUAUGUAUAUUCGAUGAUGAAGAUUAUCCGAUUGAAUUCUUGCAGACAAAGAAAGAUGAGAUCGAGAGAGGUGUUACUCCUGCUGGUCCAUUUGGAAAUUUUAGAAACUUUAUUUACUCUUUCGCCUAUAUUGACGAAGAAGAACCAAUAUAUAGAAGAUAUUUACCUUAUUUUUAUGGAGUAGUGAAAGAUUGUAAAAUUACAAAAGAGACCUUAGAAUAUGAGGACUUUGGUAAUUGUAUAGACUAUGGGAUCUUAGCCAGUCAUAAAUUUGCUAAAUAUCUAUUAGAAGAACAUGACUAUAAAAAUAUGUGUACUAAGUUUUCAUAUUUAAAUAAAGGGGUUUAUGAUAGUAGAUUGGGAUACCCUAGUUGGGUUUUCUAUGACUUAAAGAAUGUUGACAAUUUAAUGAAAUAUGAUCAAUUAAAGAAUAUGUUAAGUUAUUAUUUUACUAUCAAUAAAGAUAAACAAAGAUUUAAAAUGCUUAAAUUGGAUAAGAGAUAUGCUAAAACACAAUAUUUAAUAGAUGAGUUAAACUAUGACGAUUAUCACGAUAAAAACAUUGUUGACAUUGUGUAUGAUGAAUUUUAUUAUAUUGAUGAGUUCUAUAAGGAUAAGACUCCAAGCCCUAUAUAUCCUGCAGACCUUAAAUAUCCUUCUACAUUCCCUAGUAACCAUAAUUAUGAGCUUGGUUUCUAA